UAGAAGACGUCGUCGGUCGGCCGAAGCUUCAACAGUGUUUUGUUUGCUCGCCGGCAAAAUAACGAAAAAUAACUGUCGGAAAGUGGUUUUCGGUAAGCUGCAACUGGCACGCGGUUUUGUUGAUAAAAGUUUUGUUUUAUUUUAGUAGUGUUCAAUAUUUAGUUACUUAAGUUUACGUUCACUGCACGGAGCAUAGUUUAGUGAACACCGAGUUCUUAAACAUAGAAAGCUGGGACGCCGGAAUGGAACCGAAAUAGUGUUCUAAUGUGGUUGAGUCGGUAUUUGUUAGCAUCACAGGAGUUCUUCAAAUCAGUUGAAAGAUUGAUCAAAGUGACCAGCAAUUGUACAGCGCGACCCGACAACAGCUGACGAGUAAAAGGAAAUCCGCAAUAUAGUUUGCUAGUCUCCCUGUAUCAGGAAAGUGCGUACGUGAGAAGUGAAAUCGUUGUGAUCAAUCGAUAAAAAGUCUAUGAAUCAUCUUUUGAUUUUUCUGAGGAUGUUACUUUUUGAGUGACAAAACAGCAUUGCCAAGGGACAACGAGAAAAGUCGGAAAUUACAAACCAGUGAGGAAAAACCGUUACUAUUUCUCGAGGGCGUGCAUGUACGUGAGUGUAUUUGUUUUCGAAACGUUUCAUAUUGUGUAUCGUACGGUGUGUGUGGUUAAUAGAAACAAACGCUAGCGUGUCUGGACAUCGGUGCUAAUUCAAGUGGGAAAGUAUAAUAGUGAUAUUGAUCCAGUACGAUCGAUCGAUCGGUCGUUGUUGCAAUCUGGAUACUGAUUUGGAACGAUAAUGGCUCCUACAAAGCAAUCUGGGACUACCACUCUACUACCAAUGCUGAAGAAAACUAUUACAACGAGAUCCAAAACAACCGCCCCAAACCAGAACCAAAAUCCCGACUCGGAUCUCCAGCCAAUGCAGCGAACAAAGCGGAAAGCUGAUCACAGUCCACUGAAAAAUGACCGAGGCGUGAAGCGAUCGGCUCUCGGUAAUUUGACCAAUGCCGUUGUGUUUAAGGCGGACAAUGAUGCCGAGAACGGAAUCGGUGCGCUCAAAGCCGGACACGGUACCACGAAAGGGUCAAUCAAAGAUACGACCAGCAUUAGCAAACACGCUUCGCAGAUAAUCCAACAAAUAGCCAACAAUAUUGGACACAACCACAAGAACAAAACCGUUCCUAGCAAAGCUGUUACGGAAGUUUUCACCAAACCAGAUCCAGAUGGACCAAAGACUCGUGCGGCCACUAAAAUUCUGACUCGUGCCGCCAGCCGCCAACAACUGAGUGGGAAUAGUUCCAACGUCAUUAGCAAUGGACGGGGAAAGAAUCACCACUCGAUUGGACAUCCGUUGAAGUCUGGGAUUUCGGCUGUGACUAAAACUAUUGUGAAGACAAAGGAGAAUACCUUUGAGGCUGGCCGCAAACUGCAGACGACGGCUUUGGCCCCAGCUGCAGCCACCGCUCAACAUGGCAAAGCGCCUAAAAGGCGGAUAUCCAACGAAUUUGAAAAGACUGAAGAUAGCUUAUAUGUAUCGGCCUUGGAAGACAUUACUUCAAGCGGAUCAUUGCGGUUAUCGGAGAACUUUAGUUCUGCAAGGACAGGAACUCCAGAAGAUGGAGACAAGAAACAUACGAGGGAAGGUUCGUUAUCGCCUAAAAAACGAACCCCCGAGGGAAUCGAGGAUUAUGAUUUGUCAAAUUGGAACGACGUGUUUCAGGUGUCGCACUAUGCGCAAGAUAUUUUUGACUAUCAGAAAGAUCGGGAAGCGCAGUUUGUUAUUCCGGAUUACAUGCCCACCCAGCCGCAUAUUAGCAAAUGGAUGCGAGCGUUGCUCGUCGACUGGAUGGUGGAGAUUCAGGAAUCGUUCGAACUUAAUCAUGAAACGCUCUAUCUGGCGGUGAAAAUAGUCGAUAUUUAUCUAUCUCGAGCGGAGGUUCAGAAAGAUUCGCUACAAUUACUGGGAGCUGCUGCGCUGUUUAUCGCUUCCAAGUAUGAUGAACGAGUCCCGCCCACGGUGGACGAUUUCCAGUACAUCUGUGAUGGUGCAUACCAACGGCGAGAGAUGAUCCUUAUGGAGAUCAAUGUGUUCAAAACUAUCGGAUACGAUCUUGGCAUUCCGUUAUCGUAUCGAUUCUUGAGGCGCUAUGCUCGCGUCAACCGUAUCGACAUGCAGGUGCUGACCUUGGCGCGGUAUAUCUUGGAGUUCACCCUGAUGGAGUACGCCAUCGUUGGCCUGCGGGAUUCGAAGCUAGCCUGCGCGGCAUUAUUUAUCGCUAUGAGGAUGAACGACAUGCCAGGCUGGAACAAAACGCUUGAGUUUUAUUCAGGCUACAAGAUCGAAGAUUUCGCCGAAAUCGCCAUCCUACUGAACAACAUCAUGACGCGUAAGCCAAAGGAAUCACUCAAUACCGUCCGUCACAAGUACUCCCACGAGCUGUUUUUCGAGUCGGCAAAAAAGCAAUUCAUCACCGAUUUGACCAAACUAUUCGACACUACCGGCUAUCAGCUCAUGAGUGGUAAAGCGCAACCGGCAACCGCAACGCGAUCUCAUCAUACUUCGACGGCGACGACAACCAGUGUGUAGGAAAAUAUGAUGUAAGGUGUGUAGUAAUAUUGUCCUUUUCGUUCGGCUGGUCACGCACAGACAACGUAACAGCGGUUGAUUCGUGCGUCUCAGAUGGGCUGCCAGGGAUAUAUUUUACAAAGAUUUUACUGUUUGAUAAUGAGGCCGGUGUGAGUAACGUUUCACGGUCCAGAGUCCAAGCACGGUGUAGUUAUGUGCAACAAAUAGGGGAAAACCUCCGAUGUAGCUAAUCGAAAAAAUGAGAAAAAUGUCACAAAUCUAUAUUUUGAGUGCGAUCUUUACAUCUGUAAAAUAUGUUUAUUAAUACGGAAAAAAGAAAUUCGUUGUAAAAGUUUAAA